AUGUGGAAGGAGAUCAAAGAUGACAAAGGUAGGACAUACUAUUACGAUACGGUUAAUAAGAAAUCACAGUGGGAGAGACCCGCUGAAUUAGUGAAACCUGUAACCGCAGACAAGGAGCCAGUUCUUCCCAAGGACUGGAAAUCUGCGAAGACUAAAGAAGGAAAAGUUUAUUAUUAUAACGUAAAGACCAAGAAAUCACAAUGGGACAUACCGAAGGAAACUGAAUCGAAAGUAGAAACGGUAGUGAAGCCAGAAGCAAAGGCCGCUACUGUUGAGAAGAAAGACACGACUAGUGCUGACGACGAUGAAAAUAAGUAUGGAAGUAAAUCUGUUCUUAUGAAAGUUAAAACCACCAGUAAAGAUGAGGCGGAACCUCUUUUCAUGGCGAUGCUCAAGGAGUAUAAUGUCGAUGCUACUUGGUCCUUUAGCAGGAUUAUACAUGAAUUAGCGACCAAGGAUGCCAGAUAUUGGCUUGUGGAUAAUGAUCCAUUAUGGAAACAACAGAUGUUUAAUAAAUAUUUGGAUAAUAGAACCGAAGAACAAUUAUUGAAAGAACAUUCGGAGAUUAAUAAAUUCCAAAAUGCCUUUAAGGAAAUGUUAAAGGGAAAAUCAUCGGAAAUUGACUAUUCUACAACAUGGAAUAAUGCAAAGAGACUCAUAUCGAGUGAACCUAUCUAUAGUCAUUCUGUGGUCAGUGAACAGGAAAAGAAAAAAUGUUACGAUGAAUAUAUUAUGGAGUUACGCCAACAAUACGAACAAGAACAUCAUAAACUCAAAGAACAAGCAUUAAUCGAAUUGAGAGGAUAUUUACAAAGUAUCAUACAUGUUGAUCAAGAUGAAAUUCCUCCAUCAUGGCACACUAUGUGUAAUCAAUAUCUUUUCGAUAAGAAUAAAAGAUACAUGGCCAACAAACAUUUUGUAAUAUUAACUCGUGAGGAUGUUCUUAAGGAAUAUAUUGUACUUGUUCAACAAAUAGAUGCUCGCAUAGUACAAAAUUUACAUCAAAUAGAAAGUGAGAAUUAUUCUAGAGAUAGAUAUGCUCGCGAUAAAUUUAAAGAACUGUUGAAGCAUGGAAUACCAAAUCUUGUGAUCCGUGCCACGACAAAAUGGUCAGACAUAUACCCUUUGAUCAAGGGUGAGAGUGCAUUUUUAAACCUUGUAGGACGUAGGGGCUCUACGCCAAUAGAUUUAUUUCUCGAUUUAGUUGAAGAAAAAUAUAUUAUAGUAUGCGGGUUACGUUCCAUUGGUCAACAGGUACUUAUUGAUACCCAAUUUGAAUGGUCUACUGACGACAACAUCAACACAAAUGGAAUCACUCAGAUAUUGCGACAGAAUGUACAAUUUAAAGAUGUUGAUGAUCUGGAUUUGGAAAUUGUAGUGAAGGAAAUCAUAAAGGCAAGAAAAGAUAUGUUACAAGAACAAAAAGCACAGGAACUGUAUCAUGAGAAACAGUCAAGACAUGCAUUCAAAGAAAUGUUAAUGAACCAUUAUAUACGGAUGAAUUCUACCCCUGCAUCCACAUGGGAAGAAUCACAACAUCUGUUUAAAGGAACUAUGGAGCUAAUGCAGUUGACCGACAAUACAGUAAGGGAAUCUAUCUAUAAUGAGGUACGUCAAAUGAUCAUUGAUCAGAAACCUCAUAAUACAGAGACAACAACCACUAGGGGCAAGAAAAGACCACUCGAACCAACCAUUGCAUUAGACUAUUAA